CCCCGAACUCUGCUGCCCCGGCCGCCAGCCACAGGCUCCUCUCUGGCAGCAGCGGCUGCGCGGCGACCCCCCUAUCCCUCCACCUCCACUCCUACCCCACCACCCGCAGCCUUCCUCGUCUCCCUUCUUCUCCCCUCCCCUCCCCUCCUCGCCUGGCCCGGCCCGGCCUGGCCCGGCCGUGGCCCUCCUCCGUGCCUGCGGUCAUGGCAGAGGCAUCCGGCGCGGGGGAAAUCUAGCCCGGGGAUUUCAUGCGGCCUAGCUUGAUUCCGUCUCCUCCCCCCGCGGCCCCGGCGGCCGCCCGCACCCCAGCCCCACUCCGGGCCUCCGUGUCUCUCCUGUGAUCGUACUGACACGGCCGGGGGGUUAGAAUGGAACAAACUGAAGGACCUAGAACAGGGUCUGGUACAUAGUUGGUGUUCAGUAAUGAACCAUGUCACAAACAAAACAAAACAAAAGGACUCUGUGAGGAAUAAGAUAUAUAUCUGGAAUAACAUGCCACUUGGAGUCUGGGAAUAGGCAAGGAUCCUUGUGAUUACACUGGGCCCACUUGGAUAAUCUAGGAUACUCUCUCCGUUUGCAAGAUCCUUAAUUACAUCUGCAAAGUCUCUUUUGCCACAUAAGGCCCGAUGAAAGAAAGGGAAAGUUAAGGAUGCUGGAGCAGAACAAUGGAUUUCUCUUUCUCUUUCAUGCAAGGGAUCAUGGGAAACACAAUUCAGCAACCACCUCAACUCAUUGACUCCGCCAACAUUCGUCAGGAGGAUGCCUUUGAUAACAACAGUGACAUUGUUGAAGAUGGUGGCCAUACACCAUACGAAGCUACCUUGCAACAAGGCUUUCAGUACCCACCUACAACAGAAGAUCUUCCUCCACUCACAAAUGGCUAUCCACCUUCAAUCAGCAUGUAUGAAACUCAAACCAAAUACCAGUCAUAUAACCAGUAUCCCAAUGGGUCAGCCAAUGGCUUUGGUGCAGUUAGAAACUUUAGCCCCACUGACUAUUACCAUUCAGAAAUUCCAAACACAAGACCACAUGAAAUUCUGGAAAAACCUUCUCCUCCACAGCUACCACCACCUCCUUCGGUACCACAAACUGUGAUUCCAAAGAAGACUGGCUCACCUGAAAUUAAACUAAAAAUAACCAAAACUAUCCAGAAUGGCAGGGAAUUGUUUGAGUCUUCCCUUUGUGGAGACCUUUUAAAUGAAGUACAGGCAAGUGAGCACACCAAGUCAAAGCAUGAAAGCAGAAAAGAAAAAAGGAAAAAAAGUAGCAAGCAUGACUCAUCUAGAUCUGAAGAGCGCAAGUCACACAAAAUCCCCAAAUUAGAACCAGAGGAACAAAGUAUACCAAAUGAGAGGGUUGACCCUGUUUCAGAAAAACCAAGAGAAGAUCCAGUACUAAAGGAGGAAACCCCAGUUCAGCCAGUAUCUUCUGUUCCAACAACAGAAGUGUCCGCUGGUGUUAAGUUCCAGGUUGGCGAUCUUGUUUGGUCUAAGGUGGGAACCUAUCCUUGGUGGCCUUGUAUGGUUUCAAGUGAUCCCCAGCUUGAGGUUCAUACCAAAAUUAACACAAGAGGUGCCCGGGAAUAUCACGUCCAGUUUUUUAGCAACCAGCCAGAGAGGGCAUGGGUUCAUGAAAAACGGGUACGAGAGUAUAAAGGUCAUAAACAGUAUGAAGAAUUACUGGCUGAGGCAACCAAACAAGCCAGUAAUCACUCUGAGAAACAAAAGAUUCGGAAACCUCGACCACAGAGAGAACGUGCUCAAUGGGAUAUUGGCAUUGCCCAUGCCGAGAAAGCGUUGAAAAUGACCCGAGAAGAAAGAAUAGAACAGUAUACUUUUAUCUAUAUUGAUAAACAGCCUGAAGAGGCUUUAUCCCAAGCAAAAAAGAACGUUGCCUCCAAAACUGAAGUUAAAAAAACCCGGAGACCAAGAUCAGUGCUGAAUACUCAGACAGAACAGACCAAUGCAGGUGAGGUGGCCUCCUCACUAUCAAGUACUGAAAAUCGGAGGCAUAGCCAAAGGCGGCACACGAGUGCUGAAGAGGAAGAACCACCUCCUGUUAAAAUCGCCUGGAAAACAGCAGCAGCAAGGAAAUCCUUACCAGCUUCCAUUACAAUGCACAAAGGGAGCCUGGAUUUGCAGAAGUGUAAUAUGUCUCCAGUUGUGAAAAUUGAACAAGUGUUUGCUCUUCAGAAUGCUACAGGAGAUGGGAAAUUUAUUGAUCAAUUUGUUUAUUCAACGAAGGGAAUUGGUAACAAAACAGAAAUAAGUGUGAGGGGACAAGACAGACUUAUAAUUUCUACACCAAACCAGAGAAAUGAAAAGGCAACUCAGAAUAUAUCAUCUCCUGAAGCAACAUCUGGUUCUGCAGGCGCAAUAGAAAAAAAGCAACAGAGAAGAUCAAUUAGAACUCGUUCCGAAUCAGAGAAAUCCACUGAGGUUGUGCCAAAGAAGAAGAUCAAAAAGGAGCAGGUUGAAACAGUUCCACAGGCUACAGUGAAGACUGGAUUACAGAAAGGUGCCAGCGAGAUUUCAGAUUCCUGUAAACCUCUAAAGAAAAGGAGUCGCGCCUCAACUGAUGUAGAAAUGACUAGUUCAGCAUACAGAGACACAUCUGACUCCGAUUCUAGAGGCCUGAGUGACCUGCAGGUAGGCUUUGGAAAGCAAGUAGAUAGCCCGUCAGCUACUGCAGAUGCAGACAUUUCCGAUGUGCAGUCUGUGGAUUCAAGUUUGUCAAGAAGAGGCUUUGGAAUGAGUAAGAAGGACACUGUAUGUCAGAUCUGUGAAAGCUCUGGUGACUCUCUGAUUCCUUGUGAGGGAGAGUGCUACAAACACUUUCACCUGGAGUGCUUGGGGUUGACAUCACUCCCUGAUGGAAAGUUCAUCUGCAUGGAAUGUAAAACUGGACAGCACCCAUGUUUUUCAUGUAAGGUGUCUGGUACAGAUGUUAAACGUUGUUCUGUUGGUGCUUGUGGGAAAUUUUAUCAUGAAGCCUGCAUCCGCAAAUUCCCCACUGCCAUCUUUGAAUCAAAAGGAUUCCGCUGUCCCCAGCACUGCUGCUCUGCCUGCUCUAUGGAGAAAGAUAUCCACAAAGCAAGUAAAGGUCGCAUGAUGAGAUGUUUGAGAUGUCCAGUAGCCUAUCACUCUGGGGAUGCUUGUAUUGCUGCCGGAAGCAUAUUUGUGUCUUCCUACGUUCUCAUCUGUAGUAAUCAUUCCAAACGGAGCAGUAAUUCGUCCUCUGCUGUUAAUGUAGGCUUUUGUUUCGUUUGUGCAAGAGGGCUGAUAGUUCAGGACCAUUCAGACCCCAUGUUCAGUUCAUAUGCCUAUAAGUCCCACUACCUACUGAAUGAAUCAAAUCGUGCAGAGUUGAUGAAAUUACCUAUGAUUCCUUCUUCGUCAGCUUCCAAAAAGAAAUGUGAGAAAGUUAUUAAGACUGUUUAUUUGUUUCAAGGUGGAAGAUUGCUCUGCUGUGAAUCGUGCCCAGCUUCCUUCCACCCGGAAUGCCUGAGCAUAGAAAUGCCAGAAGGCUGCUGGAAUUGUAAUGACUGUAAAGCUGGCAAGAAACUACAUUACAAGCAGAUUGUUUGGGUCAAAUUGGGAAAUUACAGAUGGUGGCCAGCAGAGAUCUGCAACCCCAGGUCUGUGCCACUGAACAUCCAAAGUCUUAAGCAUGACUUGGGGGACUUCCCUGUGUUCUUCUUUGGUUCUCAUGACUACUAUUGGGUACACCAGGGCAGAGUGUUCCCUUAUGUUGAAGGAGACAAAAGCUUUGCUGAGGGACAGACUAGUAUUAACAAGACCUUCAAAAAAGCACUGGAAGAAGCUGCAAAACGUUUCCAGGAAUUGAAAGCACAAAGAGAAAGUAAAGAAGCACUAGAGAUUGAAAAAAAUUCAAGAAAACCUCCUCCUUACAAACACAUCAAAGCUAACAAAGUAAUAGGAAAGGUGCAGAUCCAGGUUGCAGACCUGUCAGAGAUUCCCCGCUGUAACUGCAAGCCAGCUGAUGAAAACCCUUGCGGCCUAGAAUCAGAGUGCCUGAACAGAAUGUUGCAGUAUGAGUGUCACCCGCAGGUGUGCCCAGCUGGAGAUCGUUGCCAGAACCAGUGCUUUACAAAGAGGCUCUACCCUGAUGCAGAAAUCAUCAAAACGGAGCGAAGAGGCUGGGGCCUCAGGACCAAAAGGAGCAUUAAGAAGGGUGAAUUUGUAAAUGAAUAUGUUGGCGAAUUAAUUGAUGAAGAAGAAUGCAGAUUGCGAAUCAAGCGAGCCCACGAGAACAGUGUAACUAAUUUUUAUAUGUUAACUGUUACCAAGGACCGUAUAAUCGAUGCUGGCCCAAAAGGAAAUUAUUCUCGCUUUAUGAACCACAGUUGUAAUCCAAACUGUGAAACACAAAAGUGGACAGUGAAUGGAGAUGUUCGAGUUGGACUUUUUGCUCUUUGUGAUAUUCCUGCAGGGAUGGAGUUAACUUUUAAUUAUAACCUGGAUUGUCUGGGCAAUGGCAGAACAGAGUGCCACUGUGGGGCAGAUAACUGCAGUGGUUUUCUUGGAGUGCGGCCAAAGUCGGCAUGUGUGUCAGCAACCGAAGAAAAGGCAAAAAAUGCUAAGUUAAAGCAGAAGAGACGAAAAAUCAAAACAGAACCAAAGCAGAUGCACGAAGAUUACUGUUUUCAAUGUGGAGAUGGUGGAGAGCUGGUCAUGUGUGACAAAAAGGACUGUCCCAAAGCAUACCACCUCCUAUGCCUUAAUCUGACUCAGCCACCGUACGGAAAGUGGGAGUGCCCGUGGCAUCAGUGCAACGAGUGCAGCGGUGCAGCCGUUUCCUUCUGUGAGUUCUGUCCACGUUCCUUUUGUAAAGAUCAUGAAAAGGGGGCUCUGGUUCCCUCUGCGCUGGAAGGCCGUCUCUGCUGCUCCGAACAUGACCCCAUAUCUCCUGUGUCAUCAGAAUACUGGAGCAAGAUCAAAUGUAAAUUGGAAUCACAAGAUCAUGGAGAAGUAAAAGAAUAAAUGGGCAGUGAUUUCCUUUUUUUCCUAUUUAAAUGAAAAAAAAGGAAAAUCAAAAAGUAAAUAGAUAAUGCAUUGAUCAAAGGAGAGACUGCUGCAGUGCAUACAGCCUUUGCCAUCAGUACUGCCUUAUUAAAGUGAAAAUGGGGAACUUGUUCCUGCAAGGCAGUUGGUGGUAUCUGGUUUUUCUGUUUUGUUGGUUUGGGGGUUCUUUUGUGGAGGGUUCAAUUCCCUUGGUCUUUUUUUGCCUUUUAUUGUGCUUCAAUGCCUUUGCGGCUGGAAAAAGAGAUGUCUUCACUUUUAAAAUAAGAACAAAGAGAAAAGAAAGUUUUGUUAAUGAGAUGAAUUUAAAGUCUAAGAUGUGUUCCUUGGGUGUAAAAAGCAAAAGUAGCCAUCAUUCCUUUAUUUAUUUUCAUUUUUAAAAAUUUUGAGAAGUAUAGUUCAGAUAGUCUAAUCAGUGUGUAUGUGUGUAUUUUAAAUAGGAAUUGGAGAAAGCCCUCUAGAAAAGGGUAUGAGGAUCUUUAUAUACCUCUUUACUGAGCAGUAGGUAGGCUAACUUCUCUUUCUCUUCAAAAUGUCUUUUAUUGUCUUAGAGAAGGGUUCUAUGGGAGUAUCGAAUCUGGCCUCUUGAAAGCAAAAUGCCUCAGUGGAUUUUACCUCUGUGGUCUUAAACCAGGUGGGCUUUGUGAAAUAACUUUACCUAGAAAGUUACAUACUAUGGUUUUGGUUUUUUGUUUUGGAGAAAAAAAUGGAUAAACUUAACUGAGUUUGAAAUGUUUUCCGUUGACAGUGGGUAUUUUUGAUGAAGUGUGUUUAUGUGGAUAUGAAUGCACAGAAUGAUCAUUCUGUUUUGAUGCUGAUAAAGGCAGCCACAGGGAGAUGAAAGGCAUGGACCAAAAGUUGGACCAUAUAAGCACCAUUUUCUGUCCAAUUUAAUGUAGACCCUGGUCUUACUUGGAGAGAAUUUAUUAUGGGCAUUUUACUUUCUGUCUCUGCUUUCCUCUCCUAAUCAAACAUUCCCUUUGUCAACUGACUAUAAUCAUGUUAACUGGUGAAAACUACUCAGAUGAGUUUGAAUUGUAUUUGAAUAGUUCUUUUUUAUUUAGUUCCUAAUUUGGGGGGCAUCCCAAAGUUAUGUGUUAACAGUUUCUACUUAGAUAUCUAAUACUUAAAAUUGCCCCCAUUGAGGAAGGGGAAACACUUCCACAGGAUAUAUAAUAGCCACACAAACACACUUCAUCUUAGGAAUUACUUAGGGAAAGCUCCCAAGAAAGCAGUGUUAGCAAAAAUGGUUGUGAUGCUUGUAUCUCAUAGAUGCACGUAUAUCAAGAUAUCUGCCCACAACACUCACUUGCUUUUUAAUGCUUAGGAAUAUGUAUAUUCCAGUAUUCCUUGUAUGAAAUAAUUAGUAAUGUUGGACAGUGUUGUAACACUGUACUAAGUAGAAGUUUAGAAUUAGCGUGAAUGUUAACUUUCUCUGUGAGUUUGGACUGCUUACAAUUGCUGGUACCUGGUGGCAUAUAUUUUCCCUGAAGAAGUACCUAGUAACCUUAUGAAGGUAGGGAAGAUAGAUGUUCUACCAUAGCGGUCCCCAACCUUUUUGGCACCAGGACUGGUGCUCCUAUGAGAAUCUAAUACCUGAUGAUCUGAGGUGGAGCUGAGGCCGUGACGCUAGCGCUGCGGAGCAGCUGCAGAUACAGAUGAAGCUUCACUUGCCUACCACUUACCUCCUGCUGUGCAGCCCAGUUCCUAAGAGGCCAGGGACCCAUACUGGUCCACAGCCUGGGGGUUGGGGACCCCUCCUCUACCACAUUCCUUCAGUUGUGUUAUAUGUGUUCCUUUUCCUUAUCAAUUUAGAGCUCUUCUCUGGAAAAAAAAAAAAGAGAGAGAGAGACUGUUUCAUGCCUCUCUUUCUCCUCUCCUCUCCCCCUCCCUCCCUCCCUCUCUCUCUCUCUGUAUGUAAAUGUGCAAUUAUACUGGAUUUUCUCUUGUCAAAACAAAACAAAACAAAAAAAACACUACAUUUCCUUUACUUAAGCUCCUAAACUGCCAUUUGCCUGAUUCCGGCAAUUCUGAGAUAACUUACUGGGCCUCCAACAAUUCUAUUGAUUAGAUAUGGUCCCAAAAGAAAGAGCAAAAUGGACAAUGCUAUCUAUACAUGUUACGAGCUAUAAUUGCUAAAAGUAACAUGGAUUAUAGCUUACCAAAACACUAAACUUUGCUCUUGAGCAAUUAUAUAGUUUGAUGUCCUUUUAAAGAAUAAUUUAAGAAAAUCUAGGUUUUAUCAUACUAAAACUUUAUUUUGUAUAUGUAUAUGAUAAAUGUUUGCAUUUUUAAACUUACUAACAUGAAGGAUUUCCUUUAAUAUUUGAAAUGCAACUUAUUGAAACAGUAUCCAACAUAAAAUCUUAUUUCCUUGCUUUGUUUUGGAUUUAGUACUAUUUAAUAUCUGAUGACUUUUAUAUGGUAAGCCAGGGUAUAUCCUAUAUACUACACAUACAUUAGGUUUAAGUAUUUUUAUGCAGCUUCUUCAUUGUGUCACAUUUUGUUUAUAUAUCUUUAACAGAGCUCUGAUGAGAUUUCUUAAUCUUUUUUGGGGGGUGGGGGGACUAAUAGGAUUGUUCUGCCAUUUUAGAAAUCAGGGUAGAAAACAAAAUAGCUAACAAUAACUCUGGAGUCUUUGUCACUGAAAGGGUGAUCUUUAAGAGUCUAAAAAGUGGUUUUAGUCAUGCCAGUGCCAAGGAGCUCUCCUUACACCUCCAUAGUGUCACUGUUGACCUAUUUUAUAUAUUGUAAAGUUGCAGGUUCUGAAAGCAGGAAGAGUAAAUUAUGCUUUAUGUGUGCAUACUAUAUACAUGCACUGUGCUUGCCUAUGCUUCACCAAUGAAAUAUUCCAAAAGACAUACUGCUGCUCAUUCAUAGUCUGAUGUUCAUAUUUGUUAACUUUUAAAUCUAUAUUUGGUAAGAGCAUAAAAGGCUGGUUUUUAUUCUUGUCAAAAAUGAAAUAAUUUAAAGCAGCAUGGGAUAAUGAUGGUAUUUUUUUUAACCUCAUAUUAAUUCUUUGGAGGAAAAAGUGAAUGUAUGAUUUUUGAUAAUCAGCUAUAUAAAGCUUCAUAAGUUGGAUCGCUAACAACUGAAGAUGAAAUCCUGGGGAAAAGUCCAGGCAUUGUGCAGUGGGAGGAGGGGCUGGACCACAGAUGAAGGAGUUGAGGGCCCUUCAUUCCUGGAAGGCUGAAGCAGCGGGAGGACGUGAUUGACUUUUUAAAUAUCUAAUCAGGACUAGAAUUAGAGUUUAUUUUCAUUUUUGUUUUAACAAGUUCCAACUCUAUCUGAAUUCUCAAAAAUGAUCUGGCCUAAGUUAUAAAAUAGGCUGACUUUUAGAAUCACUGAAACUUGGAGAUUUCUGUGUGUUCAAGUCAAGAACAUAUCUAAAAACUAAAAAAAAUAAUAAUAAUAGGGGCAGGUAAGAUUGCUCCCAGCUCUCUUCUGCCAUUUCCAAAUAUUUGGAAACAUGCCUGUAAAUAACAUUAUGAAACUCUGAGAUAAUCAUGUAAAGGACUCAUACAGGGCAGGCUGUUGGACAUCUUUCUUUCCUGGUUCAUGAAGUAGAGUUUCCUUUUUGAAGGGUUUGUCAUGUGGCAUGAGUUCCAUUCAGGGUCAAACCCAGAUCUGCAGAGUGGAAACAGGCCAGCUAUAAAGAAUGUAAUCUCUGGACUACCCAGAUUUGUUGCUUGUCUUUCAUUUCCUUUUUAAAUACAAAGUUCUUCCUUUAGCGUUCACCUUAAAGGUGCUGCCACUCGCCAUGUCCCAACAGGAUAAGAAAACAAGUUACCAUGGAGUCCUUACAGCUUGGGAAGCUUACAUUUGAUGUACUUGUACAUGAGGUACGACAACACUGGGAAGUUGCUUUAUGGGCAGUGCAAAUUAGACUUGAAUUACUUCUUACUAGGCUAAUGCAUCUAGCCACGCCCAAGUUGCUGCAGACAUGAUGUGAUCAUUUGGAGCAAUUUCCUUUGGCCUAGGGCCACAUAGAAUGGGUUUCUGGUUAUUUGUAAACAAAGAGUAGAACUUGCUCCCAUUUUCAGAUAGGCUAGGGAAUAGAUAUAAUUAGACAGCUUUGUCAUGUAUUAUCAGAUAUUGAAAAGUUGGAAAUUUGUAUAUACUGAAAUCUACCAACUUUUAUCUAGGGUGGGGCACGAAGAAAAAGGGGUUAUGGUUAUAGUAGGGUAGCAGAGGGGGAUGAUAAUGUUUACCACAGGUACGAAG